AGAAAGUACGCUAGAAUCUUCCUGGUGGGUCACUUUAAUGGAGAAUGCAGUGACCUAUGAUGAUGUUCAUGUUGACUUCACUUGGGAAGAGUGGAAGUUGCUGGAUCCUUUCCAGAGGAAUCUCUACAAAGAUGUGAUGCUGGAGACCUACAGGAACCUCACUGCCAUAGGAUACAGUUGGGAAGACCAUAAUAUUGAGGAACAUUGUCAAAGUUCUCAAAGACAUGGAAGGAGCGAAAGAAACCCAGAAUCCAGGCACCUCCUGUUCUUCCUGAUAUCCAGCCGAGCAUGGCAGACUUCUCCGUCCUCCUCCCCGGAGGAAGAACUUCAUUCCUGAGGAGCCCCGCAGGGCCCUAGCCCUGAAAACUUCAGUACUCAGUGUCUAUGCUGGGACAGGGGAGGGAUGUCCACUAGAGAGAGUGACCUCCCAAGCAUUUCCCCUUCGCUCAGUAGCAGGGUUCUGCCUCUAAUCUUAUAACCCUUCCUUCUCUUGGGACUCUCAGGCCGUGACUGGGCUUAUAGAAUCUGUUCUGGUUAUUCAUCAGCCCACUUGGGAUGAUUGCCAGCAGCUCUUACAGGUGCUCCUAAGCACAGAGGAAAAAAGAAUGUCCCAGGAGCUGACAGCAGGCCAACCCAAUCACCGGACAAGAUAGAGGAUGGGACUUCAAUACUCCAGCUGGUAGGGAGCAGCUCCGUCUUUAUUGCCAGAGUUCAAUUGGUGGGUCUAAAAAAAGGGGGGGGCUUGCAAAGCACCCCACUAAUUUGCUAAUUUGGCUAAGGUAAGAGCAAUAGUACAAAGGUCUGAUAGUACUCCUGCAGGACUUUUAGAAAGACUAUUGGAGGGGUACAGGAUGUACACUCCUUUUGAUCCCAUGGCAGCAGAUCACCAAGCCAAUGUAGUGAUGUCUUUUAUAGGCCAGUCAGCAUCAGACAUUCAUAGCAAGUUGCAGAGAAUGGAGGAACUGUAGAGAUGCUCCCUCCAGGACUUAGUAAAAGAAAAAAAAAAUUAGACAGAUAGGGAGGCGACAAAAGACGACAUCUGCAGAGACUGUGGACCUCAGACAGAGCAGCCCGAGUAGCCAAAUGCGGACUUCAGUGAGGAGGAGUGGCCCUACAGGGCUUUGGGCUCGAGACACUUCCCAAAGCAGCUGCUGAGCACAGCCGGCUACUGAAGCGGCGUUCUGCCCACCUGAGAGGCCUACGCAGCAGCCACAGUGACAGUACUGAAAUUCCCCCCCUUGCUUACGCUGUGCACCCAGGUGUCCAAUUCUGGGGUGUAUGGGGAAAAAGGGGGUAGGAGUUCCCCCUCGCUAUGUCUAAAGCAUUUGACUAUGGACACAAGGAUGGCUGAUUAUUCCUGAGUGUCCCACGCUUUUAUUAGAAAAAGACCUGUUGGAGACUUUGACUUCCCCUACUGUUCUCCGGGGCUGUAAAGAAAAGCAGGCUGCUCUCUGCCUCUGCCAUGCCCACCUCACUGAGGAAGGCUCUGCAGCCACUGCCGGCUGAAUCCUCCCCCCAGCUGCCUGGGUCA